AUUCCAGGAGCUCUAUGGAGAGGCCGCUAGGGCUCCUGUGGCAUAAAUGACGUUCGGAGAGAGCAAGCGAGCGCGCAGCCGGGAGAGCAGUCUCCUGCCUCCCCCCAGCUUGCAGCACCUCUCCUUCUCACACAAACGCGCACACGCUGACAAAUACACACACUCAUCCCCAGAUACACACACACCUAGAACCACACACUUGCAUACACACUCCACUCUCUCCAACACGCUUACACACCUCUCCAACCGAGCUUUGCGGUGCACAGCCGCGCCGGCGAACCCCACCUCCGGCUCACAUUGUCACCCCGACAGGAGCAGCAGCAGCGGCAGCGGGAAUAACGGAGGCUACGGCAGCGGCAGCAGCGGCAGCAGCGGCGCGGCUGCAUUUUUCUCUGGGUUUAUUCCUUAUUCCCUGGCUCAGGAGCGGCAGGAGCCAGGGCGCCCGCUGAGCUCCUCUUCCUUGCUUUCCCAUGAGUUGGGAUUGCAGCAUCUCCUGCGAGCCCGCAGCCUCCGGGAGUUCCUCAGUUUGUACAAGUCAGCCCUUCCGGGACCUCGGCUACUACUCCCCCAUGAAGAUUUCGGGGCAGUCCUCUAUAAACUCGAUAUAAAGACGGAACCGCCACAGCAGCCAAAACCCAGUUCGGAAGAGCGCCGCCAGCCCAGCGCCAGCUCUCAGACUGGAACCACUGACGACCACAGCAGCUUCACAGCCGCCACCCCGCUGGACCCAACGCCCCCUCCUCAGCCUCUGUCUGUAGCCUCCUCUGGAGAGACCACCAGCCCCAUCAUUCAGCGCACAAGAUUCCCUCCAGAUAUGCCCUGCGUGCAAGCUCAAUAUAGUCCUUCGCCUCCUGGUUCUAGUUAUGCUGCGCAGACGUAUGCUUAUGGCUCAGAGUACACCUCGGAGAUCAUGAACCCCGACUACACCAAACUGAACAUGGACUUAAGCAGUACUGAAAUCACAGCCACAGCUACCACCUCCCUGCCCAGCUUCAGCACCUUCAUGGAGGGUUAUCCCGGGAGUUACGAAUGCAAGCCCUCUUGCCUGUACCAAAUGCAGCCGUCUGGUCCCCGGACCCCGGUCAAGAUGGAAGAUUCCCGGGGGCACAGUUAUCACCACCAUUCGUCCAUUCCGCCGCCUUCCUCCUCCUCAGAAGAGGAAGUGAUGCCCAGUACCUCUAUGUACUUCAAGCAGUCUCCCCCUUCCACCCCAACCACGCCCAACUUCCCCACGCAGCAGACGUCCAUAUGGGACGAGACACACCAGCUGCAGGCCACCCAGACUUGCCUCCCAACAAGUCACUUGAUGGAUGCCUCAAUGAAAACCGUACCAGCUACCACCCGCUUCCCUCAGAUUCACUUCAAGCACUCGCCACCUCACCCUCCUACCCCCAUUCCAGUGGGAGGCCAUCACCUCUGCUAUGAUCCCCUCCAGCUAGGAGCCACAGACCGGGUUGCUGCAAGUGGCCAGCCAGCCCCCAUGGAGGGCCACCCUUUUGGGCUGUCAAUAGUCAAGAGGGCUGCCCCCUUGACUUUUCCCCAGCUGAGUCUGCCACCUACUGCUGCCGCCGCCUCAGCCGGGUCCAGCUUGCUAGGAGAGAGUACCAGCCUCCCAUCACCUCCCAGUAGGAGCUCCUCCUCCGGUGAGGGCACUUGUGCUGUGUGUGGGGACAACGCAGCGUGCCAACACUAUGGUGUGCGCACCUGCGAGGGCUGCAAGGGUUUCUUCAAGAGAACAGUACAGAAAAAUGCAAAAUACGUUUGCCUGGCAAAUAAAAAUUGUCCAGUAGACAAAAGACGUCGAAACCGAUGUCAGUACUGUAGAUUUCAGAAGUGUCUCAAUGUUGGCAUGGUUAAAGAAGUUGUCCGUACUGAUAGUCUGAAAGGAAGGAGAGGUCGGCUGCCUUCCAAACCAAAGAGCCCGUUACAGCAGGAACCUUCCCAGCCCUCUCCACCUCCUCCUCCAAUCAGUGUGAUGAAUGCCCUUGUGCGAGCAUUAACGGAUUCAACUCCCAGAGACCUGGAUUAUUCCAGAUACUGUUCCAGCGAUCAGGCUGCAGCGGGCACUGAUGCAGAACAUGUACAACAAUUCUAUAACCUCCUGACAGCCUCCAUAGAUGUAUCUAGAAGCUGGGCUGAAAAAAUUCCAGGAUUUACGGAUCUCCCUAAAGAAGAUCAGACUUUACUAAUAGAAUCUGCCUUUUUGGAGCUAUUUGUACUCAGACUUUCCAUCAGAUCUAACACAGCUGAAGAUAAGUUUGUAUUCUGCAAUGGACUUGUGCUUCAUAGACUUCAGUGCCUUCGUGGAUUUGGGGAAUGGCUCGACUCAAUUAAAGACUUUUCCUUAAACUUACAGAGCCUUAACCUCGACAUCCCCGCCUUAGCAUGCUUAUCAGCUCUCAGUAUGAUUACAGAAAGACAUGGGUUAAAAGAACCAAAGAAAGUGGAAGAGCUAUGCAAGAAGAUUACAAGUAGUUUGAAAGAUCAUUUGGCUUUUGGCUGCCAAACUAAAGGACAACCUCUUGAGCCUGCAGAACCUAAGGUACUGGGUGCCCUUGCUGAUUUACGUUCACUCUGCACACUGGGACUCCAACGCAUCUUUUACCUGAAACUGGAAGAUCUGGUUCCACCCCCUUCUAUCAUCGAUAGGCUGUUUCUGGACACUUUGCCCUUCUAAAUUUGGAAAUUAACCAAUGGAUCACUACUGCUUUUCUCAACAGAGAAGCAGAUUAUUAAUCACAGCUAGUAUUUCUGUCCUCGCUUAAGAGAAAAGCAGGUCCAGUGUUAAACAAGGACUUAGUUACUGGCACGGUUCCUCAAGACCUUAAGCCAGAAGACAUAA